AUGACUACCACAGCAACGGUUACCACCAACCCCAACCUCCUCCACUUCACCGAAGCGAUGCGGCUCGUCUACGGCAAUACCGACCAGCUCCCUGCCGACACCGUGUCCACUUGGACCGCGCCCUCCCAACCUGGGGCUGGCGGGCAUCGCGGUCGGUACCUCUGGACCGACGCGUUCGGGGUUGUCAACUUCAUCUCACUGGCGCGCGAGACGGGUUCCACAAGCUACCUGACCAUUGCCCAGAGGCUGGCUAAGACAGUGCACGAUGUGCUGGGCCGUACACGCGAUGGAAAGGCACGGCUCCCACGGGCGACGGAUGAAGAGCCGUUGGCUGGGGGGUUGAGGAUCGGGAAGAUGGAGGAGAAGGGGCCGGAUGGGGACGGGCAGUAUCAUCAUUAUCUUACGCUAUGGAUGUUUGCGCUGGAUCGGUUAGCAAGGGCCACGGGCGAAGGGGAGUAUAACAGGCUUGCGGUGCAGUUGGCGAAGGCGAUACAUCCGCAUUUUGUUCUGCGGCGAAGAAGGGGGAGUGAGCCAGAUGUCGGUGGAAGUGCAAGUGUCGAAACGCUUCGGAUGGUUUGGAAGAUAUCCACGGAUAUGAAUACUGUGCUGGUCCCUUCGGAGGGUCAUCUUGACGCGGCAACGGGAUAUGUCGUUUAUAGUCUGUUACGACAGACGGCGAAAGACAUCCAUAGUGACUCUCCCUCCUCCAAGGCGGGUGAUCUCAGCAGCGAGAUUGAGGACUAUCGGAGGCUGAUGAACCGCACGGGUAAGCUAAGCGCUAGCCGCGAUCCGCUGGACCUUGGGAUGGGGUUAUGGAUGUGCCAUUUUUUCAAGGGCAAAGAGGACUGGGCCGAUUUAUUGGGUGGCCAGAGCCUGGAGAUGGCAGAGAUGAUAUUGGACGAGGAAAGGGGGCUGAUGGCCCGCGAUGCUUCGAGGCGGCUGGCCUUCCGCGAAUUUGGGACCUGUUUGGGCUUGCGUUGCUUCGGAGCUGAGGCCGGAAUGGAGAAAAAGGUGCAGUCCGUGGUGGACUUUUGGCAUCAUUACUUAGAGAAGUCGACCGAUGAGGAUCUGCGACCGAUUUCUUUGGUCAUGUAUGCUGCGGCGCUAGUACCCGGAGCUUGGAAAGGUAACUAUAUUUCGUAG